CAGUACGGCUGCUCUGACUCAGCCUACAGCCCCCGCCCCGAUAACUGUAGUAGUGUUUCACAAUCAAGUCUGCGUUCCGCUGAGGUAAGCAACACAAAGGGCAGGUACCCGUGGCCUUUUCUCUGCACUCCAGUGAGCAUGGCUUUCCUGUCCGUGUUCACGCCUGUUCUGGCGGUGGUUUUAUGCCUGGUGAUAGGCUUCGUGCUGGUGAAAUCAUGGGACACAGAGACCACUUCCACAUCUCCAGGCAAAAGUAAAGGGGCGACAAAAGGGGAGAAAAGACCAUGGGUGGACCAGGACUUACAGGACGAUACAGAAAUCACAGCAAAAGAAGACGAUGGUGAUGCUGAUGAUGAUUGGGGGGACAGCACUGAAGAGGAGAACCUCACACAACUGCCUUAUUCACCGCAGCGAUACCCUGAGGAGACAAUGCUGCAAAGGUCCAAGGAGUUUUACACUUUGAUGAACCAACGGAGGUCUGUCCGAUUCAUCAGCCCGGAGCCUGUCCCACGGGAAGUCAUCGAUAAUGUCAUCCACACUGCAGGUACAGCACCUAGCGGAGCACACACAGAACCCUGGACGUUCAUUGUGGUGUCAGAUCCAGAUAUAAAGCAUCAAAUUAGACUGAUAGUUGAAGAGGAGGAGGAGAUGAACUACCGCCAGAGGAUGGGGGAAAAAUGGGUUCAGGAUUUGGCCAAAUUGAGGACAAAUUGGAUUAAGGAGUACUUGGAUGUUGCUCCAUAUCUGAUCCUCAUCUUUAAACAGACCUACGGGAUUCUCCCAAAUGGCAAGAAGAAAACGCACUACUACAACGAAAUCAGCGUGUCCAUAUCCUGUGGGAUCCUCCUGGCUGCAUUACAGAAUGCGGGUCUUGUUACCGUCACAUCUACGCCCCUCAACUGCGGCCCCAAACUCAGACUUUUACUUAAACGCCCGGCGAACGAGAAGCUGCUGAUGCUACUUCCUGUUGGUUAUCCUGCCUCUGAUGCUACUGUGCCUGACUUGAAACGCAAGCAUCUGGAUGAUAUUUUGGUGCAUGUGUGAGAAAAUGAGAUGUCUUCAUCAAAUUCUUUGCCUGUAGCUGAGAAAUCAACCAAGCAGAUGCCUGAUGAGAAUUAGAAGUGCUUUCACAGUAGAGAGAAGCAGAGAGUGAGGCUUCUUUAGAUCAGUCUUUAAAUGUUUAAGAUAGACAAUCAAGAGAGGAUGGCAUGAAUCUUUCAUAGCUUACUAAUUGCUAACCUAGCUUUUGAAGGCAAAGUAGUGAACAUUUGGUUGGCUUAUUUGGGUUUAGCAUAUUUCUAUCAUGCAAAUUUCAAAUACAUAACCAGCAAAAAUUCUUUGA